CAUCUAACUUCAACUGUUUAACAAAUUAAAAACGAUUAUAUUAUUCAAAUAUACCCAAUCCAGCAAAAUAAUGUUGCGACUUAUGUGUCAGAAGGCAAAUUUACUUAGCAAAAAGAUUGUGAACCGCCGUCUGCAGCAGACCAUUGUAGAUUCUUCAGUUAAACCUCUAGAGUCGAUAACUCCAUCUGUAAAACAAACAAUACAAUCAAAAGCAGAUUCUUCUGUGGGAAAAUGGUUUCUAGGAUGCAGUGGAAUGGUUUUUGUUGCCGUAGGUCUUGGUGGCGUCACAAGAUUAACUGAAUCUGGACUGUCAAUGGUGAGCUGGAAAUUAAUGGGUGAGCAUAUGCCUCGUAAUCAAAAAGAAUGGCUGUCAGAAUUUGAAAAAUAUCAACAGUAUCCAGAGUAUAAGCUUAAAAACGCACAUAUAACGCUGGAGGAAUUCAAAUUCAUAUAUAUGAUGGAGUACAUGCAUAGAAUGUGGGGUCGUGCCAUUGGAGCAUUUUUCCUUAUACCCGCAGCAUACUUUUGGAAAAAGGGUUAUUUGUGUGCAAAGACAAAAAAGGUAGUUUUCUUGUUAGGAACUUUAAUUGGACUUCAGGGCUUAAUGGGCUGGUACAUGGUUAAAUCUGGCUUAGAAGAUCGAUUUGCAGAUCCCAAUGAUGUGCCACGCGUCUCCCAGUAUCGUUUGGCCUCACAUUUGGCUGCGGCCUUCGUGCUUUACGCCUUGUUUUUAUCGAAUGCAAUGUCUAAGCUUAUACCUGCUGACAAACUAGCGAGUUCAGCAAAGCAGGUGAUCAGCAUAAAGCGUCUUACGCAUUUAACAAAGGGUGCGGUUUUUCUAACUGCUAUAUCUGGAGCGUUUGUCGCUGGACUGGACGCGGGCUUGGUUUAUAACACAUUUCCAAAAAUGGGCGAUAAUUGGAUACCCGAUGACAUAUUGGCCUUUGAGCCUAUGCAAAGAAAUAUUACGGAAAACCCGUCAACAGUUCAGUUUAAUCAUCGCAUCUUUGGCAUCACCACAGUGUCCUUGGUCUCAACACUUUGGUUAUUAACGAGACGGCAGAAUCUACCAAAACGUGCAAAAUGGGCUAUCAAUGCAGUGAUGGCGAUGGCUUGGAUCCAAGCUACUCUAGGCGUAACUACAUUACUUAACUAUGUACCAGUGCCAUUGGCAACAGCUCAUCAAUCGGGAUCGUUAGUUCUUUUGAGCUUUGCAGUGUGGCUUUCGCACGAACUGCGUUUGCUGAAAUAUAUACCUAAGUAGAUUAAUGAGGUAAUUCAAAUGUAAUGCUUAACUAUUAAGUACGUGUAUUAAUUGUGAAUUCCUCAUUAUUACAAUAAUUAAA